UGAAGUAACCUAGCAGAGAGGAAUAGCAUAUUUACAGAAACAAGUUAUUGGCGGGAUGUUAUUUACCCAUCCAAAUCCCAAACCCUUAUUCAUUUCCCCCAAAUCUUCUUACUUUCUUAAAUUAGAUUUCUCUCAUAAAAUUUCUUCAAGUGUUAAUUUAAUUGAUUGAUGGAUAAGAUGGAAGAAAGAUCAGAAAUAGUAUUCUUUGAUGUAGAAACAACAAUUCCAUUUAGAGCAGGUCAAGGUUUUGCAUUAUUGGAAUUUGGUGCUAUUUUAGUAUGCCCCCAAAAACUAGUUGAGCUUGAAAAUUAUUCAACUCUCAUUAAACCCAGUGAUCUCUCUGCUGUUUCUGCUAAUUCUGUUAAAUGUAAUGGUAUUACUAGAGAUGCUGUUUCUGUUGCCCCUACUUUUCUUGAUGUUGCCGAUCAAAUUUAUGACAUCCUUCAUGGAAGGGUUUGGGCUGGUCAUAAUAUCUUGAGGUUUGAUUGUGCUCGAAUCCGAGAAGCAUUUGCGGGUAUCGGUCGUUCACCACCGGAGCCGAAAGGAACAAUUGAUUCGUUGGUGUUGUUAACCCAGAAAUUUGGGAGGAGGGCAGGAAAUAUGAAGAUGGCGACCCUGGCGACGUAUUUUGGGCUUGGACAACAAACACACAGGAGCUUGGAUGAUGUUCGCAUGAACCUCGAGGUUCUUAAGUACUGCGCCACAGUCUUAUUCUUGGAAUCGAGUUUGCCGGAUAUACUUGCAAAUGGUUCUGUUUCUCCAAGUACAAGAAGCCGCAGUAAUGGAAAAGCUUCUCCUGAAGGAAGAACCUUUAAUACUAAUAGCCCCUCUUCAGUUCUGGUGCCAAUGAGUCAUACAUCCCCUUUGAUUGGGAACAUUCAGGCUGAGCCUCUCAAUCUAGUUGAAAGAAACUUAACCAACCCAGACCCCUUCAACAUGAGCCUUCUUAUUGAUCAAGUCAUAGCGGCACCUCUACAACAGGAUGCAACUAUGGGAGAAAAGUCUGACCUACCAGAUCAUAAGAUGUUUUCUAAUGGUAUUCCGUCUGAGGGUUGUAGCGGCUAUGCAGGGUUUUUAGAACCUGAUGAGGUAUCAUUGGCUUUUAUUAAAGCAUCUUUUUACCAAUUGUAUCGAGGGACUCAAAAAAUACAACUACUCCACAAAGACAUUUUAUUACAGCUGUGCUGUUCAAAGCUGAGAGUCCGAUUUGGUAUUAGUACAAAGUUCCUGGACAGCGCUGGUCGUCCGCGAUUGAACAUUGUCGUGGACAGUUCUCCUAGCCUAUGUAAAGUUCUUGAUGAUUGUGACCAUCAUGCACAAAUGUUGUUCGCGGAAUCGGGUAGCAACUCUGAAUGGAGACCUGUUGUUAUGAGAAAGAAUAGCUUCUUGAACUCGCCAACUGUCCGCCUUCACAUACCAACAGUAACAAAUGGGGAUAUUGCCAUUUACGCUACUGAGAUAUACCACAAAGAAACUGCUGGAAACCCUCAGAGAAUUGUGUUUAGCAAAUUUGAUGCUACAGAGUUAGACUCUUUAUUUACUCCAGGAACAUUUGUUGAUGCAUUCUUCUCUUUGGAUGUAUAUGACUAUCAGCAGUCUGCAGGUAUUCGUCUAGUGGCAAAAAAAUUGAUCAUCCACUCUAAGUAGUUGUUGUAACUUGUAAAUAAAAGAAAAGCUUCACUGAGAAAACAGCUCAACUUGUUAAUUGGAUGUCGGCCAGGUUUCUCUUAUUCUUCUGCAUCUUUUCUUCGCUAUUCCAUUUCUGUCAAUUGAUGUUAGUCAAUAUAUAAUAUUCGUUAUCAUGCUUUGCUGCUUGUGUUUUUUAUUG